CGUUGAACCGCAGACACAUGCGUAAACAAGUCGGCGUUCAGUCUGUAACGAGCCGGUAGCUUGGUUUAAUUCUGCAAUUACUUAACUUUCUAAAAGGCUUGCGAACACAGAAACAUUAAAACGAAGUUUUAAUUUAUAACUUGAGCUAAAAAAUGGCGUCAACGGAGGUUCAGAGUGACAGUGACGACGGAAUGGACGAGUUCAUGGACCAAUUCAAGACGCAGCGAUACAAAAAUGCAUUCACUGAAAACAACUGGGAGGAGGAGUUCGGUAAAGUACCCAUGUUUAUGAAAUCGGCCCCUGAAGAGAUCGAUCCACAGAAAUAUCCAGAACUAGCAUGUAUCCAGUCUAUAAUCCAUGAUGAAGACCGAUCUCCAGUAGAACAAGCGAAGAGCCUGAAAGAUGAAGGAAAUGCAUAUUUCAAAGAGAAGAAGUUCACGCAGGCUGUGGUGGCGUACACUGAAGCUUUGAAGAAGAAAUGUGGCGACCAGGAGCUCAACGCUGUGCUCUUCACAAACCGAGCAGCUUCACACUUCUAUCUGGGUAACAUGCGCUCUGCGCUGAAUGAUGCUGCAGCAGCGAUAAAGAUCAAACCAGACCACCUCAAAGCCUUGAUCAGAGGUGCUCAGUGCUGCAUAGAGCUGCGUAAAUUUGUAGAGGCAAUCCAGUGGUGUGACAAGGGGCUAAAGGUUCACCCUAGUGACAAGAAGCUGCAAGAGCUGAGAGCAGCAGCAGAUAAACACAAGAGAGCAGCAGAGAGAGAUGACAGGAAGGCCAAGGCUAAAGAAAAGAAGUUGCACGGUGAGAAAGAGGCUCUUCUGACCGCUUUAAAGGAUCGAGGCAUCAAGCUUUUCCAGCCUGUGAGGCCUCGCUCGCAGAGUUCAGACGGUGAGGAUGAGGAUGAGCGCUCUUCAGCAGCGUUAGCUGAGCUGAGCCUGGAUGGCUUGAGCUCUCAGGAGGUCACAGGGGCUCAGGUCUUCCUGGACGAGCAGGGCGUUCUCCACUGGCCUGUUCUUUUUCUCUAUCCUGAACAUCAACAGAGUGAUUUUAUCUCAGCCUUCUGUGAAAAUAAUUGUUUCAGAGACCACCUGACUGUCAUGUUUGGAGAAGAACUUCCACCCUGGGACACAGACAGAAAGUACCACCCCCAAAAUCUGCAGCUCUACUUUGAAGACAAGGAGAAGGAAACACUUUACCAAAUUGAUCCUGAAACAUCACUUUCAAAAACACUUAAACACAAAAGGUUUUUUGUCAAAGCAGGCACGCCAAGCUUCCUGGUUUUGGUAAAAGGCUCGUCAUUCCAGAAGCAGUUUUUAACAGGAAAUAAAGUGCAUGUGUUGUAAACAUCUUGGCCUUCAAAAUUUGUACUUUGAAUAGGAAUAAUGAAAAAAUGACUGACUGGUGUUUGAAGACGACAAAAGAAAUAAUUCAAUAAAUUUUACAGUGAUGU